AUGGCUGCUGCUACUCCAGUUGCUAUAGGCACAAGAGGCACAAUUGGAUCUCUUGUCAGGAAAGAAAUUGAAUAUUUCACCAAGUUUGAGUUAGGGAAUUCACAAAAGUCUCAGCCACACUUUGUGGACAUGAUGGUUUCUGGAAGAGGGUAUUCCGCGUCCAGGCCUAGUUUGUGGGUCUUGCUAAUGCCAGGGAAGAGGAGAAAGAGAAGAGGUGCAAAUGGGUUACUCCCAAAAAUAUGUUCUGCUGCUGAAGUAGCAGAAUGCAAUCAGUGGAACAAGAUUCCUGGUUACAACUACAGGAUCCUCAAGGAUAACCUCAACAACAUUCAACUCUAA